AUGACAAUCGACGAUAAUAAAUAUAUAAAGAUUUGCGACAGCAUAUUUACUAAACAUUGGAGCCUCGGCUUUAAUAAUGAAACUAUGAAAUUUUACCCUGCAAAAAUACCUGAAUCUCCAAAAUAUCUAUGUCAAAAUACAGAGUUUCCAUUCUCUGAUGAGAUAUCUGACCAUGAUAAGCAUCUAAUAAAGCACAUCAAAGUGUUGAUUGAUACGGAAACAUUAAAUACAGGAGAUGAUUUCGACGUGGCUGAGUCAAUAGAAAAAUGGUGUCAAAAAAACGAGCAGACGCCUGAAAAAAUUUACCAAAUACUAAAAAAGAAUUGUUUGAGUUCUCCCGCGUAUUGGUUAUGCCUUCUAGGCUUUUUUGAACAAUGUGGACUCGGGACUACUGGAAAUUUAAAAAAUGCAUUGCGUUUUUACCUCAUCGCGGCAGCCGGAUCCGAUGCAUUUGCGGCUAAUCAAGUGGGUUUUAUUCAUCCAUGGCAUGAACAUAAUUCAGACUACCGCUUAAAAUUUUAUAAAAAAGCUGCAGAUAGGGAUCAUGUACAUGGAUAUUUGAAUCUGACAAAUAAGUAUUAUUUCGAUAAACAGUACAGGAAAUAUUUUAUCUGUUUUUACCGUUCUGCUUGUAAAGGCUAUUUGAAAGGUUAUGAACACGUGAUUUCGUGUUAUUUGGCAGGACGUGGUGUUAAUAAGGAUGAACAUAUGGCAUAUCGAUGGAAGUUACGCCUCAGAAAUGCCAAAAAAAAUGUUGGAGAAAAUCAAGGCUAA